AUGAUGCUGGGCCAGCGGGAAUGGAGCCUAACGGUGUCAUCGAGGUACGUUUUCAACUAAACUCUUUUUGCUCAAUUAAUUCAGUUAAAAUAAAAGAUCUCUGAGGAUUGGUGUGGUCUGAAAAUGUACCUGACUCCUUGCAUACCACUUGUUAUAGUGGAUUUCAGUUCAUUUCUGUAGCGGGUGUUGAGUGAAAUGAUGGCAUUUCAUCUUUCGGGACAGACCUGAUAAUGGUGACAACUUUUUAUACUGAUCGCUCAAAAACCUCAAGCAUAGGCCUGCAGUUAACUCACUGUCAUCUAAACCACUUAUGUAAUCAAAACGAUGUGUAAACUGAAUACUCUUAUUGUGCAGAGCAACUGGAAAGCGAUUACGGACAACUUCGAUGACAUGGCCCUGAAGGAGACACCUUAGGGGUAUCUAUGCAUAUGGUUUUGAGAAGCCAUCAGCCAUUCAACAGAGGGCAAUCAUUCCUUGUAUCAAAGGUAUGCGAAUCAAUGGCUUGUUGAUACAAAUAAAUAUACUGACCAAAAAUAUAAACGUGACAAUUUCAAAGAUUUUACUGAGUUACAGUUCAUAGAAGGAAAUCAGUUAAUUGAAAUAAAUUCAUUAGGCCCUAAUCUAUGGAUUUCGCAUGGAUAGGCCCACCCACAUGGCAGCCCCCGCCCCCCCCCCACUCCACUCUCAGAUGAUCCUGCAGGCAAAAAAGCCAGAUGUGGAGGUCCUGGGCUAGCGUGGUUACACGUGGUCUGCGGUUGUGGGGCCGGUUGGACGUACUGCCAUAUUUUCUGAAACUACUUUGGGGUUAGCUUAUGGUAGAAAAAUUAACAUUAAAUUAUCUGGCAACACCCCUGUUGGACAUUCCUGCAGUCAGAAUGUCAAUUACACGCUCCCUCAACUUGACACAUUUGUGGCAUUGUGUCGUGUGACAAACCUGCACCUUUUAGUGGCAUUUUAUUGUCCACAGUACAAGGUGCACCUGUGUAAUGAUCAUGCUGUUUAAUCAGCUUUUUGAUUUGCCACAUGUCAGGUGGCUGUAUUAUCUUGGCAAAGUAGAAAUGCUCACUAAAAGGGAUAUAAACAAAAUGUGAGAAGCUUUUUGUGCAUAUGGACAUUUUCUGAGAUCUUUUAUUUCAGCUCAUGAAACAUGGGACCAGCACUUUAUAUGUUGCGUUUAUAUUUUUGUUCAGUAUAAUUACAAGUUCAAAAUUCUCGGAUAUAUUGAGUGAAAUGAUGGCAUACCAUCUUUCGGGACUGACACAGCAAUGGAGAUAACUAUUUUUUAGUAUUACUGAUCACUCAAGUCAAUUGUCACUCGGCAAAGCAACGUUUUAUUUAUUUUUUAUUCUGAUCAUGCAACCCCUUUUAUCUUUCCCUUCCCAGGCUACGAUGUCAUUUCCCAAGCCCAGUCAGGCACGGGCAAGACUGCCACAUUUGCUAUCUCGAGCAGAAAGGGACCCAGGCUCUGGUUCUGGCCCCCACCAGGGAGCUGGCUCAGCAGGUAUGCUGUACCUGAGGACAGGAUAAACUUAAGUGUGUAUCAGACCGAGGCGGCAUAUUCGGACGAUCUCAAACUAAAAAGGUCUUUAUUUUUUCCGCCACUUUAAUUUCUUUAUGCAAAAAUCAUCUAAUUGGGCUAAAGGAGGUGAUGGCUCUCUUUUAGGAUUGGUGUAGUCCGUCCAUGACUGCAUUGGUCUGAAAGUUGAGCUGACUACUUGUUAUAGGGGAUUUCAGUUCCCUUCUGUAAGAAGUGUUGAGUGAAAUGAUGGCAUUUCAUCUUUCGGGACAGACCUGAUAAUGGUGACAACUUGUUUUACUGAUCACUCAAAACCGUUGAGUCCAGUAUAAUACAUUGAUGCUGAGAGCAAAUCGUCAUGAAGCAUUUGUAUUUGUUUGAUCUGUUUUCUUAGAUCCAGAAGGUGAUUCUGGCUUUGGGGGACUACAUGGGUGCUGCCUGCCACGCCUGCAUUGGGGGCACCAACGUCCGCAACGAGAUGCAGAAGCUGCAGGCCGAGGCCCCCCCACAUAGUGGUAGGAACUCCAGGCCGGGUGUUUGAUAUGCUUAACAGGAGAUACCUGUGUAAGUAGUCAUCAGUGUAAGUAUCUGCCAUCUGACUAACUCCUAUUCAAAUCAAAUUGUAUUUGUCACAUGAGCUGAAUACAACAGGUGUAGCCCUUACUGUGAAAUGCUUACUUACAAGCGUUUAACCAAAAAUGCAAAGUUUUUAAGUAAGAAAGUGUGUAUAUAUAAAUCUUAUAUAUAAUCUUGUCCAUUGGCGUGCUUUAGAGGCCCUUCUAGUUUGGCUUGACCACGGUGCAGAUUUUAAGUUGUGCCCUCUAACAUCUACUUAAAGCUCCGAAAUGCAUCAAGAUGUUUGUCCUGGACGAAGCUGAUGAGAUGCUGAGUCGUGGCUUCAAGGAUCAGAUAUAUGAGAUCUUCCAGAAACUGAGCACACACAUUCAAGUAGGUCUCAUUUGUUGUAUUUUGCACAUUUUACUCGUAAAUAUGUGUAGAUUUCCAGAUUCAAUUCUUGAGCUUUACUGUAGAAAUAAAGUUAAAUCUUGUUGUCACAAGGCAAUCAGCAUGGGCUUGUCUCUGCCCCAGUCACCCCACUUCCACAUAAAAGAACUGUGCUAAAAUUGCAGAAUCCAGGUUCGCUUGGUUUAUGCAAUAAUGCUAGCAGAGUAUUGCGUGGAAGGAGAGCACUAUGCACUGUGCCAGAAAUGAGUUGUGGUCGAACCUCUUUCUUAAUGUUCGUUGACCUCUUGUCUCAAGGCCCAGUGCAACAAUUAAUCAGCAACUAUUAAUGAUGAGCGCAUUUUUCCUCCAGUUGCAGUUUUAACAAGUGUUUCUCCUAACUCUCUGCAGGUGGUCCUCCUGUCUGCCACCAUGCCUACGGAUGUGCUGGAGGUGACAAAGAAGUUCAUGCGAGAGCCCAUUCGCAUUCUGGUGAAAAAAUAAGAGCUUACACUAGAGGGUAUUAAGCAGUUCUACAUCAAUGUAGAGCGAGAGGUGGGUAGUGUUCAGAAAAGACAUGGCUCUACAUGUGUUAUGAAAUGUAAUGCCAUGUAAUAUUUUGUAUUGUGUGUAUAUAACUGCUUUGAUGUUGCUGGACCCCAGGAAGAGUAGCUGCUGCCUUGGCAGCAGCUAAGGGGAUCUGUAAUAAAUACAAAUAUAUCCAGUUGCAAAUAUUGUGUUUUUGUAGUCCACAAAGUAUAUAGCAUUUCCCUUCUUUAAAGCACCCUGCUAAAAUUGUGGGGCGAGGCUUUCGGGCUUGGCUCUUGCGGGCAUGUAAGCAUGGGUACACCAAGGAAGGACAGUAAAAGCAUUGUUGAAAUGAGGCUAGGACGGACCGCUUAAUGUCCAGUGUCCUUUGUCUCAACAUUCUGUGCUACAAUAUUUAUUGUAAUGUUUCAUCAUUUAGAAGUGGGGUAUGUUGUAAGGCUUGCCAGGUCUGGUCGGUGAAAUAAGUUGUUUCCCUCGCGGUUCUUCCAGGAGUGGAAGUUGGACACGUUAUGCGACCUGUAGGAGACGCUGACAAUCACUCAGGCAGUCAUCUUCCUCAACACCAGGAGGAAGGUCGACUGGCUGACCGAGAAGAUGCACUUAAGGGACUUCACUGUCUCUGCUCUGGUAAGACCACCAGAAACAUUGCUACCUGAAUUAUAAUGUCGCUAAAAUUACUGUCAUAUUGGACAUGGGGUUGUAUUUUAGAAUGCAGGUUGAAUGAACGUGGUUUGUGUUUUCCAGCAUGGAGACAUGGACCAGAAGGAGAGGGAGUUCAGGUCUGGCUCCAGCAGAGGACUCAUCACAACUGACUUACUGGUGAGGCUGGAAUCUCGCUCUUAUCUAACUGUCAUGAAUGAUUACUUGACAUGGUUACAUGUUAUUGUUAUCCCAAAUGCAACCCAAAAGCUUUUUCUCUGCGACUGCCCUUUUUAUGGCUUAGCAGUAACACCUUUUGGGAGAUUAAAUGUUUGUUCUCCACCACGGGUUUCUCUCACUGUAGGAAUCUGUUACUUAAUGUCAGACUACAUUUACAAUCAAAUGCAUUGUAAAUCUGAUGGCGCUUCAACUUGAAUUGAGUUUAACUCGUGUUUUUAUUUAUUUAUUCAGGCUCGAGGAAUUGAUGUGCAGCAGGUUUCCCUGGUCAUAAACUAUGACCUUCCUACAAACCGAGAGAAUUAUAUUCACAGGUAUGUACAGUCCCUGACUAAAUGGAAGACGUGGUCCUCUGUAGCUCAGCUGGUAGAGCACGGCGCUUGUAACGCCAAGGUAGUGGGUUCGAUCCCCGGGACCACCCAUACACAAAUGUAUGCACGCAUGACUGUAAGUUGCUUUGGAUAAAAGCGUCUGCUAAAUGGCAUAUUAUAUUAUUACGUGCUGAGACUGAAUCUAUUGUAAUUGGAAAGUGGACCUGUACCUAAAGAUUGUUCCUCCUCCCCCAUUUCUCCAGAAUUGGUCGUGGUGGCCGUUUUGGCAGAAAAGGCGUGGCUAUAAACUUUGUGACCGAGGAGGACAAGCGUAUCCUUCGGGACAUCGAGACGUUUUACAAUACGACAGUGGACGAGAUGCCUUUGAACGUGGCUGACCUGAUUUGA